UAAGAAAUCAGAAAAAAAUGCAAAAACUGUCCAAUCAUUUAAGGUGAGGUUGGGAAAAUGUAAAACUAUUUAAUUCCACGUGGUCCUUGAGUUGUGCUACAGCGUGUUCUGUUUGUUCUUUAGUUUUUCGGAUACCAGCAUGGACUACACUGAACAAGGCGGUGACUCCAAUCAAGGGUCAGAAUUCGAUGAAGUUGUACAUCAUGCCGACAAUCGCUCUUCUUCUGGUGAUUCUAACGAUUCUGAGUCUGCGAGUCGUGAAACCAGCCAGAAAAUAGUAGCGGAAUUGCGAACACUGCUGGACUGUAGCAAGGUUGAAAUCGUUGGAGAAUUAGCCAAAUCCCGCAUUCUGCAGGCGCGAUACAAAAAACAGGUGGACAUUUUACAACUGGCUUUGGAGAAUGGAUCGGCCGAGAAGGCGAAGCUGCAGUUGGAGCUGGCCAAAAACAAUAAGAUAAUUCAGUGUUUGCAGGAAGCAGCACAAGAUCUUGAAAGCGCUGUCAAUGCGUCUACUGAGCGUUAUAAUACUACUGUAGACAUGAUAGCGAUACUGGACAUGAAAAGGGUGCAGCUUAUCAAGAAUGUACAAGCGUUUAGAUCCGAGCUGUCUGAGUAUCAUAGAAAGAUUGACCAUAUGGAAAAGGAAGUGCAAAAACAAACUUCCAUUGCCAAGACGGAAUCGGAACGUAAUAAUAAACUCCAAGAACAACUACGUGAAUCAUUAACGACGAAUACUAUUCUGAGGCAGGAACUCGACAAAGCACAAACAUUGCAAAAAUCACUUACUUCAUCUCAUUCAGCAAAGCUGAACGAAAUAGAGGGUCACAUGAAUAAGCUUAAUAAUGAGCUCAACGAGCUACAGUGCCGCCUCGCUAGCGAGGUUCAGAAAAAUGCUGCACUGAAGCAAACUGCCGAUACGAUUUUGGCUGAGAAAACACAGUAUUCUACGGAGAUUGUAAGGUUGGAAACAAAGUUGAAUCAAACGGGACAAGAAAUGCAAACGAAACUAAGAGAGUGUAACGCACAAUGGCAAACUAGAUACCAAGAUGAGAUAAAUAGGGCUAACGAAAAAUGUGUGGAAGCGAACAGAAAGCUUCAGAAAAUGACCUCAGAAAUGACGAAGAUGGAAGAAACUGUUGAGAAAAUGACUAAGGAACAAUCGAACAAAAACCAAAAAUAUGAAUGCGAUAAAAACAAGAUUGAAGAACUGGAAAAUAAAGUUGGUGGUAUGCAGACGAUCCUGGAGGAUCGGAAUAAAGAGAUUUUUUCGCUCCACUCUAAACUAAAUGGCGAACAGAAGAAGUUCGAGGAUCAAAAACAGCAAUUUCAAGUAAAAAUUGAUGAGCUUCAAUGUCGGGUUGAACGUACAUCGGAAGAAUUGGGCGAAAAAAACACUACGAUUUUGCAACUGCAAGGAAAAAUGUCUGAUAAUAAAGAAAAAAUGUCAUCCAUGGGAAACCAACUCAAACAGAAAGAAGAGGAGUGUAAUAAGUUGAGGAAUGAAGCUUCAGAAGCUAAGAAACUGCAGGUCAAAAUUUCCCAGUUAGAGUCGGCGCUUGCCGAACAUCAGACAUCUAAGGUUGCUACGAUGGAGCAACAGCCUCGUGUUAUUAGAAAUGAUAAGCAAAGUGAAUUGUCUAAAUCGCCGCUUGCUCAAGUAACUUCCACGCCACUACAUUCGAUUGAUCUCAAUGCUGAUCAGGCGGCGGCCUCGGCCAAGAAGAUUCGGUUGUCGUCUGAAAAUAAGGAAGUAACGCUGCCCAGUGAUUCUAACUACAGCACUUUCCAGAGCAGCGUACAACGAAAGCGUGGCUCGAUGCGUUUCUUCCAACAUACGAUGCCAUCCCAUCUCCCCCAACAGACACCGCAGCAGCAGCCUCAACAGCAACAAGCAAACAACGUUCCAAAUCUAUUUGGACCAAAUAACGAUUUUAAUUUGAGUUUAGCGAGCACAAUCAACAUCGACGAUGAGACACUAGAUGUUGGCAAUUUUUCGAGCGGUUCCUCUAUUCGACUUGUGAAGCCGUUUUUCCGCAGGCAUCAGGACGCAUAAAUAUCAGCUAUGGUAAAAGGAUGUAAUGUAUACUCUUCCUAUAUAAUACAUUUGAAUUCAAUUUCUUAUUUGAAUGAACUUACAAGACAUUAAAUAUAUGUUCAUAACAGAUUGAAUUUGCAGAAUAUGCGAAAAAUAUAAA